CCCAAGUGAAGAAGCUUUGCCUCUUACAAUCUUCUUCACAUUUCACAAAAUUUCUUUUCUUUUUGAUCUCCUUGAACCUAAACCAUUUCAACCAUGCUAUUCUUCAUUCUCUUUCUCUCCAUCAUCUCUCCAGUUCAAUUGGUGGAUCAAAGGAUCCAUCAUCCUUCAAAGUGUGACCACCUCUCAAGAUUUCCAACAAAGGGAUUCACCAUGGUUUUGAAGGUUUCACUCAGUGGUUGUGGAAGGUUUAAAAGAAUCCAAGAUGCUAUUGAUGCAAGUAUUGGAUCAAGCCAAAGCAAGACACUAAUCUUAAUUGACUUUGGCAUCUAUAGGGAAAGAGUUAUCUUUCCAAAGAACAAAAUCAAUCUUGUGGUGCAAGGAAUGGGAUACACAAGAACAUCCAUAGAAUGGAACAAUACCGCAUCUUCUUCCAAAGGUACUUCCGAAAGUUUUUCGGUUGCGGUUUUUGGAGAUAAAUUCACCGCAUACAACAUAAGCUUCAAGAAUACGGCUCCCGCACCAAACCCCGGAGCAAUCGAUGCACAAGCGGUAGCUUUACGAGUUUACGGAGACAAAGCCGCAUUCUAUGGAUGUGGCUUCUAUGGGAACCAAGACACACUUUUGGACCAAGAAGGAAGGCAUUUUUUCAAAGAAUGUUUCAUCGAAGGAUCAAUCGACUUUAUAUUCGGUAACGGGAGAUCCCUUUACGAGGAUUGCACAAUCCAUUCGGUCGCAAAGGAAAAUACACUUGGUUGUAUUACGGCAAAUGGAAAGGUACUACCAAACGAGCGAGCGGGAUUCGUUUUCGUGAAUUGCAAGAUUACGGGAAGCGCGAAAGUGUGGCUCGGACGUGCAUGGAGACCUUAUGCAAGUGUUGUCUUCUCCAAGACAUACAUGUCUAGAGUUGUUUCUCUUGAUGGGUGGAAUGACAUGGGAGAUCACAAGGCACAAAGGACUGUGUAUUACGGAGAGCAUCGGUGCUACGGACCAGGAGCCAAUCACAUUAAACGGGUUCCCUAUGCGAAGCAACUCACCGAUGUGGAAGCGGCUCCUUUCACCAACAUCUCCUUUAUCGAUGGAGAGCAGUGGCUUUAGAGCUUAAUCCAUGCUUUACUUACAAAGAUAAAUAAUUUGUCCAUGGAUUGUAUUGGUUAUUAUAUUAAUUAGGAGAGUAAAAACAGUGAACUUGCCUUUUCUCAUGCAAAAACUAGUAGAAAUCAAGAGUUUAGAUUCAU